AUGGAUAAAACUUUGAGUGAGAAACUAAUUACCCAAUUGGAAAAAAGAAUAAAAGAUCAAGAAUUGAUAAUAGAUUUAAUGAAAAAGGAAGAUGCUAGAAAAAAAAAGGUCUUGGAAGAGGAAGAUAUACAUGUUGCUGUGUUGACUGAACACUGGUUGAAGGAAAAUCAUACUGAACAAAUAAUAGUGCAGAACUUUGUCUUGGGUGCCCAUUAUUCUAGAUCAAAUGGAUAUGGUGGAGUUCUGAUCCUUCACAGAGAUGACUCGAAAAUGUUGCCACUGGAGUGUGUGAGGAAAUACUCUGUGGAAAAUCACAUUGAAUUGGCAGGGGUUUAUAAGAGACUUCAUAGAAAAAUUAUAAUUGGGGUAUACAGACCACCACAAGGAGAUUUUGAGGUGUUUCUGACAAAUUUUCCGUCCUGUUUGGAUGAGUUGGGGUGCAUGAAUCUGGGUUAUGAAGAAAUCUAUGUUGCUGGAGACUUCAACAGUGACUUAAUAAGAUGCAACACAAAUGGAAGAAACCUGCAGAAUCUAAUGGGUGAGUUCAAUCUCCAUGCUAAAUUUAAUGAACCUUCUAGAGUAUCAAUUGAAACUACAUCUUUAAUUGAUAAUAUAUAUUCAAAUAGUGAUACAGACUCUGAUCCAUGUACGAUAGAACCACAUAUUUCGGACCAUAGAGGACAGGUGUUACGAUGUUCUGGUAUGUUAAUGAAACCUAAGAAAAGAAAAAGUAAAUUAGUUAGAAAUCUGAGAAAACAAAAUAUAGAUCGAUUCAUUGAGGUACUCUCAAGUCAGUGCUGGGAUUUCGUAUAUUCCGACUUAUCUGCGGGACAGAUCUUUGACCGGUUCUGGGCCCAAAUUCUAGAGAUCUAUGAGUUAACUUGCCCACAAAAGGUUUUGAAAGUUGAGAGAGGAUAUUGGGUGUCAAAGCUGAAGAAAAACAGGGAGAUCAAGGAAUUGAAGAACAGGUUAGAUGCGCUUUCAGUGAUACAUCAUAUAAAAGGAAAUUCAGAUAGUGGAAAAGCAUAUAAUGUUUGUAAAAGAUUAUACAGGGAAAAAUUGGUUGAAAUAAAGAGGAAAGAAAAUCUUAGAAAAAUUGAGCACUCAUCAAACAAAACCAGGGAAAUAUGGACGGUUAUAAGGGGUAAUCAAGGAAAAAAUAAACAGCAUGAUGAAGCAGAAAUAAAUCCUAUGACCUUAAAUGAACAUCUUUUGAAAAUAGGUAAAGAUAUUGAGAAAAACUGCCCAAAAGUUGACGUUAGUUCUGGAGACCUACGUAAAAAAGCAGGAAAAUUCAUGCGAAAUUCCUUUUUCUUAAGAGAAAUAACGGAAAUAGAUGUCCUGAAGAUAGCGAAGAAGGUCAAGGGUAAAAAAUGUAGAGAUAUCUAUGACAUGUCACCGAGUAUGUUGAAGCUGAUCAUUCCAAGUAUAGCAGAGCCUUUGGCAGAGAUUAUAACGAGAUGCUACAGUGAAGGUUAUUUUCCUGAUCAGUUAAAACGUGCCAAAAUAAUUCCUGUAUUCAAAGGAGGAGAUAAAUCUGAACCUUCAAACUACAGGCCUAUUUCAAUACUCCCAAGCCUCUCCAAAAUAUUCGAGAUUGCUUUGAAGGAUAGACUUUCGGAAUUUUUCACGAAGUACAAUAUUAUAUGUCACGAACAACAUGGAUUCCAAGAAAAUAAGUCCACAAGUACAGCAAUAACUUCGGUACUGGUUGAGGUUGCAGAUGCUUUGGACUCAAGAAAGAAGUGCAGGCUGAUGGCAUGCGAUCUGAGUAAGGCGUUUGAUACCCUUAAACAUGAUAUCUUGCUGCAGAAGUUGGAGAGCUAUGGCAUUAGAGGUGUCCCGCUGAAGUUGAUCAGUAGUUACUUGCAAGGUAGAUAUCAAAGAGUUUGUAUUCAGGAGAAAUACUCCGACUGGGGAUUUGUGGAGUGUGGAGUUCCUCAAGGGUCCAUAUUGGGGCCUCUAUUAUUUUUGAUAUACAUGAAUGACUAA